GGGACACGCGAGGUUGCGGCUCCGCCCAGCCGCCGCCUUGUUUCCAGACGGGCCGAGGCUGAUGCACCAAGCAGAGGCAGCGGCCCGGGCGUGACCCGCCGGCGGGGCGCCGCCCCGACGCUUCUCCUGCAGCCGGGCGGCCGCGGGGAUCCCCCGCGGGGUUCGCGGGGCGUGUGUGUAGGGGGGCGGGGAAGCGCGGAACCGCCCGGCCCUGUUCCCGGCCCACGCCGCCAGGAGGCGCUCGGCGCCCGGGCCCGGCCGCGGGUGUGUACCAUUUCUUCGCGGGCGGGGGGAGGGGGUGGUCGCGGAUGACCCGUUCCGGGCUGUGGCGCCCACCGACACUGUCAGCCCCCCCUCGCGGCUUGGCGGCGGGUAAAGAGCAACGCGACCGCCGCUGGGCGGGGACACCCGGAGUCUUCCUGCACCGGUGUACCGGCUUGCCCCUCCCCCUCCCUGUAUGCGGUGGUACCGCCCCGGCUGCGGCGCGGCCCGGGCGGAGCGGCUGGGGUUGGGUUGGGGUUUUUUUUUUCCGCUCCCUCCUGUUGCCAUAGAGACUGCGGGGCGCCGCCCCCCGCCCCGCGCCCGGCUGGGACACGUCGCGACGCCGACGCGGCCGGUGGCCCGGGACGUCUGCGGGGCCCUUCGCAGUUUACCAGGAAAUUUCACCUUACUAUGAGAACCAAAGAUGGAUCCAGAAGAGCAGGAGUUACUUGGUGACUACAGAUACAGAAAUUAUUCUUCAGCGAUUGAGAAAGCUUUGCGAAACUUUGAAUCAUCAAGUGAAUGGGCGGAUCUUAUAUCUUCCCUUGGCAAACUCAAUAAGGCUCUGCAGAGUAACCUGAAGUAUUCUCUAUUACCAAGACGGCUGAUCAUCAGUAAAAGAUUAUCUCAGUGUUUGCAUCCAGCACUACCUAGUGGAGUACAUUUAAAGGCACUAGAGACCUAUGAAAUAAUCUUUAAAAUUAUUGGGACAAAAUGGCUUGCCAAGGAUUUAUUCUUGUACAGCUCUGGUUUGUUUCCUCUGCUGGCAAAUGCAGCAAUGUCAGUGAGGCCUGUUCUUCUUGGUUUGUAUGAGAAAUAUUUUCUUCCUCUCCAAAAGUCCCUCCUGCCUGGUCUUCAAGCCUUUCUAAUUGGAUUGCUGCCUGGAUUAGAAGAAGGAUCAGAAAUUUAUGACAGAACAGAUGCUCUUCUUGUGAAGCUGUCCUUACUGAUGGGCCAAGAAACGUUCUAUGGAGCACUCUGGGGAAGUGUCCUGGUCAGCCCAUCUGUCAGGCUGCCUGCUUCUCUUUUUGUUGUCAGUCAUAUUAACAGAGAGCUGUCUGGAAAACAGCAGAAGUACAUGCUCGGCACUGAUUAUAAGCUCACAAUAAAGUCUUUGGGUGUAUCAGUAUUAGAUUCAAAUGUCCUUGUGCAAAGAAACACUCUAGAAGUGAUUCUUUUCUUCUUCCCAUUUUAUACAGCUUUGGACUCCAGUGAAAGCACUAUUCUAUUGCGCAGGUCUGAUUUAGUCUAUAUUCUGUCAGCAGCUACACAGACAUUGUUGAGGAGAGACAUGUCACUCAAUAGAAGAUUAUACGCAUGGUUGCUAGGCUCUGAUAUUAAAGGUGGUACUUUUGCUCCAGACUCAACUUCUGAAGACCAUGCUAUUUAUUUCUUUGGAAAAUAUUCUAAAGAUCUUUUGGUUGAGAGUUUGAUUGAAAUUUUACAUCAGAAAUUCCCAGAGUCUGAUACAGAGGAACAGCAUCAAGCUUAUUUGAAACCCUUCCGCAUCCUAAUCAGUCUCCUUGACAAACCUGAAAUAGGGCCGCAGGUUGUUGGGGAUCUGUUCCUUGAAGUUAUUAGAGCCUUUUAUUCCUACUGCAAAGAUGCACUUGGUUCUGAUCUCAAACUUAGCUACAAUCAAAGUGGCACCAUACUUGCAAGUGCAAUCAAAGAGAACAAAAAUGCUUCGGAAAUUGUCAAAACAGUCAAUCUGUUGAUCACAUCCUUAAACACGGAUUUUCUUUGGGAUUACAUGACCAAAUGUUUCGAAGAUUGUUUCAGAAACAAAUCCACACAGAUGAGAUAUCCUCUUGAAAAUAGUAGCACUCCUCCUACCAUUUCAGAGCUCUGCACACUUUUGGUGUUCCUUCUUGAUGUGAUUCCUUUGGAACUCUACUCUGAAGUGCAGACUCAGUACCUUCCACAGAUGCUCAGUUAUAUGGUGCAGUCUCUCCUGGAAAAUAUGGAAGUAUUAUGUUUACCAGAACUCACUCAUGCAUUAAAGACAUGUUUUAAGGUGCUUAGCAAAGUGCAAAUGCCCCCUUCCUAUUUGGACAUUGAGACAGGAAGUGGAAAAGGGAGCCCAGUGAAAAAGGAAAAUGUGGACAUAACCUUGGAGACUAAGUCUGUGCUGCAGGAGGAGGAUGAGACUCCGUUCCCUCCCCUGAAGUCAGAAGACAGUGGCAUUGGUCUGAGUGCUUCCUCCCCAGAGCUUUCUCACCACUUGGGGGUGCCAACUGUGACCCUUGAGAGAGAUGGUGUCUGGAAGAAAGGGGGGAGUAUUCAGAAGACUUUGUAUUGCAUCCAAGAACUGGUUGCCAAGUUUUCCAGUAAAUACAUUUUUGGGGUGCAAUUUCAAGAAACAAGUAACGAAAGCAUCUCAACAAUGAAUCUGAGUGGAAAAGAGAAAAAAGAGAAUGGCUACAGAUUACCUGAAAGUGCUAGCAAGAAGAAGAGCCCAUGGGAUGCAAAGCAAAUCACUGUACCUCAGUUUAAACAAAUGCUUUCAGACUUAUUCUCAGUUCGAGGGUCACCAUUCAAGAACAAGAGUUCUAAUCCUCUUCCUUCUGACCACAACUCUGGUAAUAAAAAGGAAAAGGAGGAAGAAGAGUGGGACUUAGAACAAGUGAUGCUUGUCUUGGAACCCCUUAGAGGUGACUGCAAGGAAGCUUUUGCUGCAGCUUGUCACCUUUUGUUGGAUUGUACCACGUUCCCAGUCUAUCUUUCGGAGGAGGAGACGGAACAGUUGUAUCUCUCUCUGUUUCAGGUUCCUGGUUGUGAUGCCAGCUUCCCUCUGUGGCUGAAGUCCUUAAUGACGAUAUGCUGUUGUGUGAAUGACUGCUAUGUUCAGAAUGUGUCCAUCUUCACGCUGCUGGAGGUGAUCAACCAUUCCCAGUCGCUGGCACUUGUGAUGGAAGACAGAAUGAAGCGGUACAAAGUGUCUGGGCACAACCCCUUCUUUGGAAAGCUACAGAUGGUCACCCUUCCUCCCAUUGCUCCUGGAGUACUAAAGAUCAUCUCAGAGAAAACAGAUUUCUACCAGAGAGUAGCCUGUGUGCUCUGGAAUCAGCUGAACAAAGAGACACGGGAGCAUCAUAUUGCCUGUGUGGAACUGUUCUACAGGCUGCACUGCUUGGCACCAUCAGCAAAUAUCUGCGAAGACAUUAUCUGCCACGCACUUUUGGACCGUGAUAAAGGGACAAGGCUGGAAGCACUGUUCAGAUUCUCUGUCAUGUGGCAUCUGACCAGAGAGAUCCAAGGCAGCAGAGUGACUUCUCACAAUCGGUCCUUUGAUAGGUCUCUGUUUGUGGUACUGGACAGUCUCAAUUGUUCAGAUGGCGCAAUUGGUGCUGCAGCACAGGGCUGGCUGAUCCGUGCUCUUUCACUUAAUGAUGUUGCACGGAUUCUUGAACCAGUCCUGCUGCUGCUGCUUCAUCCAAAGACACAGCGCACGUCCAUCCACUACAUCAAACAGAAAAAUUCAGCAGAUGUAUGUGAUUGGCUUUGCAAAAAAAAGGCCUCUUUGAAAGAGUCUGGCAUCUCUGAGAGCAAUUCGGAGGAAAACCUUCCAUUGAGCCAGUUUACUGCCGUGGAUAGAGAAGCAAUUUGGGCAGAAGUGGAAAAAGAUCCAGAGAAGCCAGAGCUAAAAACUGAACAGUCUGAAAACAAUGGCUUUUGUAAUCCAGUAACCUCACAUGAAGCAGAUGGUGACCAAGAUAACAGUGAGCACACAGAAUCAGCAGACACCAGCACAGGCCAUGACAGUGAAAAUACAUCCUCUUUUUCUCCUUCUCUGGAGCUGCAAGAAGUGAGCAAUGAGGACAAUGACAGUGCUGCAACUGAUGGCAGAGAGACCACAAACCAUGUGAGUUCUCUCAAUGCAUUCCUUCCUGAAAGCUCCAAAUCAAGUAUGGCGUUAAACCUUGUGCGUGCUGACUCUGAGAGGACUCAAGCGUCAGAGUCUCUGUCAAGUGAUGAAGAGGUGGACUUGGAGCUCCAAGAAAUUACCCAUUCUAGGUUGCUCAAGCAACAGAAGGAAAAACAGGAGAUGAUUGAGUCUCUGUUCAAACAUAUGUUGCUCUAUUUGCAGCCUUACGAUUCUAAGCGGGUAUUGUAUGCUUUUUCUGUUCUGGAGGCAGUGCUUAAAACAAACCCUAAAGAAUUUAUUGAAGCUGUAGCUAGUACAAGCAUGGAUACGAGCUCCACAGCACAUUUAAAUCUUAUUUACAAUCUCUUAGCUCGCCAUCAGGAAGCUCUUGUAGGGCAGAGUUUUUAUGGAAAGCUUCAGACUCAGUCCCCAACCAUGUGUCCCCAUUCUCUUCUAAUAGAAUUGCUCACUUACCUCUGUCUCAGUUUUCUGCGCUCAUAUUAUCCAUGCUACCUGAAGGUCACACACAGAGAUGUGCUGGGCAACAGAGAUGUUCAGGUAAAAAGUGUGGAAGUCCUGAUUAGAGUGAUGACCCAGCUAGCUACCAUGGCAAAAGCAGCAGAGAAUAAGAACAUAGAGUUAAUACGCAACUUGCUAGGAAGAUGCAAAAUUCAAGAGUUUGUUCUCCUUUCUUUGUCUGCGUCGAUGUAUACAAGUCAGAAACGGUAUGAACUGCUUAUGGCAAAUGGAGUCAAUAAAGUUCCUGAAGAAGAACUCUUUGAAGAGACCCUAAUCAACUUUGGGCAUGAUCAAAUAUGGAGUGAACAUCCGCUCCAGAUUGAGCUGCUGAAACUCUUGCAGGUAUUGAUUGUCUUGGAGCACCAUCUUGGACAGACUCAUGAGGAGCAGGAGAAUCAGCCAGACCUCUCUAAGGAGUGGCAGCAGGCUCUUAAUUUCCAGCAGGCUAUUGGUGCAAUGCAAUAUGUCUAUCCGCACCCAAUAACUUCACAGGGAUUAUUCGUCUCUGCUGUGGUUAGAGGUUUGCAACCAGAGUAUGGCUAUGGGAUGCAUCCCACUUGGGUAGGCUUAGUCACAUGUUCCCUGCCCUAUUUUGGGAAGUCUUUAGGCUGGACUGUGGCACCAUUUGUGGUACAGAUAUGUAAAAACCUGGAUGAGCUUGUCAAACAGUAUGAAAAUGAAGCUGUGAAGACAUCUGCAAAAACAUCUGCAAGCUUAACUUCUAAAAGAGAAAAUGUUACACCUGAUUACCCACUAACCCUUUUGGAAGGUCUCACAACCAUCAGUCAUUUCUGCCUUCUGGAUCACCCUAACCAAACUAAAAAGUUGUCAUCUUUAUCUGAACCGGCACACCUGAGAAACGCUAGGAAUGCCAUUUUGGAAGAAUUGCCUCGCAUUAUUAAUACCAUGUCCCUUCUUUGGAGUGUUAUAAAAAGGGAAGACUCUCAGAAAAGACCAACUGACUUCUUUGGAACAGCUAAAGGCUCUUCUUCAGUCUACUUUAAAGCAACCAAAACAUUAAGAACUAAAAUACUGGACUUCAUUAAUCCAUUGACAGCACAACUUGGAAUCCAGCUGAUGGCAGCAAUUGCAGCAGUAUGGAACAGCAAGAAACCUCAUAGGAAUCAAAGUAAAAUCAAGAUCCUUCCAGUGGCUAGUGCAUCUCAGCUUAUUCUUGUGGACUUAGUAUGUGCACUUAACACACUGAAAAUUGACACUAUAUUACAUCUAGUCAAAGAGGUAGUCAAGAAACCAUCACAAAUCAAAGGUGAAGAGAAAUCUUCUCUUGUAGAUAUUCCAAUGCUGCAGUUCAGUUAUGCUUUCAUUCAGAGACUGCCUGUCUCAGCCUUGCAGGAGAACUUCCAGUCCAUAUUAGGACUUCUCAAAGAGUCUGUGCAGUUGAACUUGGCUCCUCCUGGACACUUUCUUCUUCUCAGUACUCUGAAUGACUUUGUGACUAGGACACCUACUCUAGAAAACAAAAAAGACCAAAAAGACUUGCAGGAGGUGACCCAAAGAAUCUUGGAGGCUGUAGGGACUGUUGCUGGUUCUUCUCUGGAACAGACGAGCUGGCUGAGCCGGAACUUAGAAGUGAAAGCUCAGCCUCAGAUUUUACCAGAUGACUUCAACAUUGAAGAUGUGAAUGAUACAUCAAUGGCACCAUCUUCAAUGGUUUCUGCCUCUGCUCCUUCGAUAUACAGUGUCCAAGCUCUUUCUCUCCUCGCAGAGGUUCUUGCUUCUCUUUUGGACAUGGUUUACCGGAGCGACGAGAAGGAGAAAGCUGUGCCAUUGAUUUCACGUUUGCUUUACUAUGUAUUUCCUUAUCUACGCAACCACAGUGCCUACAACAUUCCUAGUUUUCGUGCUGGUGCUCAGUUGCUCAGCUCAUUGAGUGGAUACGCCUAUACCAAGCGAGCCUGGAAAAAAGAAGUUGUCGAGUUGUAUAUGGAUCCAGCUUUUUUCCAGAUGGACACUUCAUGCACUCACUGGAGAUCCAUUAUUGAUCAUCUUCUAACACAUGAGAAAACUAUGUUUAAAGAUUUGAUGAAUAUGCAGAGCAGCGCCUUAAAACUGUACCCAAGUUUUGAGCAAAAAGCAAUGUUGUUAAAGAGGCAAGCUUUUGCUGUCUUUAGUGGAGAGGUUGAUCAGUAUCAUCUCUAUCUUCCCUUAAUACAAGAACGACUGACUGAGAACCUUCGUGUUGGGCAGACUUCUGUAGUUGCCGCACAGAUGUUUCUCUUCUUCAGAGUUCUUUUGUUAAGGAUUUCUCCUCAGCAUCUAACCUCAUUGUGGCCAAUUAUGGUAACUGAAUUGAUUCAGACUUUUCUACAACUGGAAGAAGAUUUAACUGAGGAAGACGAACCAUCAAAGAGCAACAGCAAAAUAACCAAACAGAAGGUCUCAGGUGAUGGGAGUGGAUCUGACAUACAGCAAAAUGAGCUGUCCUUGUACUUAUCAGCUUGUAAGUUUUUGGACACAGCACUUUCUUUUCCACCUGACAGGAUGCAGUUGUUUCAAAUGUACAAAUGGGCAUUUGUCCCAGAGGUGGACACAGAGUUAUCUACUGUGACCUCUCAUCUGGUAGAAAAUCAUCAGGAAUGCAGACCACACAUUAUAAGAAUCAUGGAUCUGCUGAAGACGAAAUAUGGGGAAACAAACAACACUGAGGGAAUUUCCAAGAAGCCCAGAUUUCCUCUUUUGAACUUCCACUCUAUAUCUAGCAUCACCCAGCUUAUGCCCUUCUUCAAGACUCUGUGUUGCGCAUUUACAAAAAACGGGAGCGAGUCCCAGAAUUCACUUACUUCUGCAUCUCUCUCUGUGGACUGUGUUGGCAGUAAUGGCAUGAAGAUCUUGCAACAGCUUGAAGAGAGUGUUGAACGUGACUUCCUUGAAAACAUGGAAAGUUAAGCUGCACGUCGGACACUUGGCUCGUAGUGAAUAAACAGCAAAAAAAAGGGAAAACUUUACUGCAAUUCUUCUUUCUUCACCAGUUUUGAAACUACAUUUUGGGUUGGGUUUUCUUCCUGCUCUUCGGUAAUCCAGGCUUCUGAGUUGGUGUUAAAAAGCAGGAUUCUUCAGUUCCGGGGGGGAAGUUUAGUAGUAAUUUAUCAUCGUUACUGCAUUCUUUUAUUUGUUUUCAAUAUGAAGGAUUAAAGAGAUUUUGUAAAUGAAGAAUAUUUUUGACUGAAAGUACCAAUUGUACCAUUUAUCCAGUAAUUUUUCAAGUAAGUUUUUUGGAACUGCUUUUGGAACAGCAUUCUGAAGGUAAAUUUAAGAAAAAGCUAAUAUUCCAUGUCAGUGUACAAUCAGUUUGUAGAUAAGUCAUUUCCUGAGGUUAAAGUCUGCUUCUACUUCUCCUUUCAUUAACUUGUCCUAAAACUUACCAAGUUCUAAACAAAUCACCUAAAUUUCAAGCAGAUGUAUUUUAUAAGUCUUAGCAUUGUACAAAUAACUGCGGACUUACCAUGUCUGUAAUUUCAACUCUGUACUAUAAUAGCAUUCUUCAGAACUAGUGAUUCCUAAAUAAAAGACAAACACAGGCAUAGAAGACAAAGCUAUGCAGUAACAUUUUGUAAUUUACAUUACUUGAGGGUUUUUUAUUUUGAUUAAUUGACUAACAAUAUUCUAAUGCAGUUUUUUAAAUUAAAAAACUUUGUUCUUUCAGUGACUAAGGUCACUUUGCAACUUCUGAACUGCAACUAAAGGAAGACAAUUCUGUAAAAAUACAAUUUGCUGUAUACCAACAGCCUAAUUAAAAUGAAAAUUCUUUUUUCUAAAGAACACUUUUUAUACAGAAGAAUGUAUUUGGCUGUUCCUAGGUGUUAAAAGAGGUUGGGGAGAUAGUCACAGUGCCACGGCUACAGUAAUAUUCAAGAUGCAGCUUAUUUCGGAACCGCACUGCUACCGCUGCCCGGGACCUGGGAGAGAGCAAUUAGUUCUACCACCAAACAGUGCAGCUGCACGUCUGAAGGACACUUCUCACAGCCAGCGCAUAAGCACCAUUGCAGCAACACAUACAACAAAAGGCUUAGUUGAAUUUUCAUAUUUAGUGGAUUAUCUGACUGAAUUUGCAAUGCUGAUCUGUUUGGGAGGGGAAAAGCUUUGUCUGGUCUUUUUUUGGUUUUGUUUUUUUUUUUCUUUUAAACACAUUUUCCUCCAGAGAAAUUGGUUUUGUAAGAUAGAUCUGCAGACUGGACAUGUUACUUGAGUUACUUAGAAGAACAAAACUGAGGUAAAUGUGCUGGGUAUUGGACUUCCCUCUGGGGUUUGCUAAUUAAAAAAGGACAUGGAAAAUGUAUGGUUUAACGUCACUAGGUUGUGAAGUCAGGGAUUUAUUUUUUUGAAAACUCGCAAAGAAACAUGGAAGGCUAUUCUGCAGUGUUUUUCACCUACAGAUAUAUGAAGUUUUCAUCUUUGGAUUAUAAACUAAAAUAAACCCUGAACAACAUGCUUUACUAUGAUAAUACGGUAAUGCCCUAUGAAGAUAACGCUAUAAUAGGGUUAUGCUAAACUUCAGGAUCUUACGUACAUUUUUACAGUUAAGGAGGGUGAUAGACUGAAGUGUAAUAUUGUGUAGUCAGUAAGAAUGUGAAUUAUUUGUAUUAAUAUAAUUUAUUAAUGAUCUCUAAUGCUAUUGGAAUGAACACAAGUGAAAAGUUAUCCUGUUAAAGCAUUACUUGAAAAUUGGAGCAGAAUAUUUUUUAAAUGUUUGUGUUCAUUACUUAAAAUAUCUUCAAUAAUUUUUAAAGAGACUAUUGUUAAUACUCAGGAUUAUUUGGUAGUUUUACUUCCAGCUUCCUGGUGGUUGCAUUCCAUACUUGGGUAUUUCCCUUAAAAUCCUGAUGAAAUGCUGUCAAACGGGCUAUUAAAAUCUAAGACAACUUUUUGCCAUCAAACCUUUUGUUUUAUGUUCUCCAAUAAGCUAUAAACCUGGGUCUUCACGUAGUUUUCUCACUAACUGGAGGUGGUGAACCAGUAACUUAGAUUGAGGGUUUUUGUCAUCUUUCCCCUUGAAAGGAAUGUCCCCCUCUGGCUGCCUGUACUUCAGAUGUGCAGGGGAAUGGACAGCAGUCACUUCCCCCCCGAGCUGUGGUGGUGAACUUGAAAAACAGAAUCUGUGACCUAGGUCUGUAUAACUCUCUGACUGCUAAGAUGAUCUUACCUUCUACAAAAAUACCGCUUGCUUCUAACCCCUGCCUUCCUACAUGCAUUUACCUUUGUACUGUGGUUCUGCAGAUGGCUGCUUUAAAUGGCCUCAGGUACUUGUAACCUGCAGAAUCCUUUCACUGAAGCAGAAUCUAAUUCUUAAGAGAAAGUCCUUUAGAAAUUAGUAUAUAAGCAGAUCUUGUAUCAUCAUAAAUAGGGUGUGAAUAAGGAGGAAAGGGCUCUAACUGAAAAAAGUCCUGCUUGGGUGGUGGAGUGGCACAGUUACAUAGGCCUAAAGGUAUUUCUACCAGUGUAACUUUAUUCAUUUAUUCCUACGGGACUAACUGUAGUAAUUUUAAUUCUUACGCUACUGCUGUUAAAUCCACAUGAAGGAGUAGGGUUGUACGGCUCUAACACUGGUACUGCCAAAGCAGUAUAACUUCACUGUAGAAGAAUGCGAAAAACUUCAGCCUGGAACUCGGUAUCAAGAACAGGAGAGAAAACGCUUUUGUUUCACUGUGUAGUUCUUUGCUUGUUUUCAGAAUAACCAAGCUUGGCUUUCUCUUUUGGAUACUUCAGCUUUGGGAUAGCAUAGCCACAGUGCAUGAUACACAGAGGGAGAAGUAUUUAAACAUUCAAAAGGGUUUCAUUUUCCCGAAGGAAAAAAACAGUAGGUGCAACCAAGGUAACUACCAAAGAACAGCAGAACUUAAAAUAUAAGGAGCAUUAAGUAAUGGUUAAGUGUAUUCAAUACUAUAUUUGAAUGUAAUUAUUCUAAAAAUAUUAAAUGUUAAUUUGAAAUACA